ACGUCAGUGUAGUUACUGAUCUACUCGUAGAAAUGGACGGACACAACUCAAUCCUUGCCGUUCUGGCCAUACUAGCUACCACGGCUUCAGCAACAUUACCGUUCAAAUGGUCAGACUGUUCCAGCGACAAGGUACACAAUGCACUGGUGGUCCACAGUGUUACCGUGUCACCGGUCCCUCUCGCUAUACCGGGCGAUCUACAUCUCUCCUUCAACGCCACCGUCCUAAAAACCAUUCAGGUAGCCAUGAUGGACUUCAAGUUUGUGAGGAAGACAGCUCUCGGCGCUGAUGUACCGAUCGGGUGUGUGGGAGGUAUCGGUAGCUGUACCUUCGACGGAUGUUCUAUUCUGAAUGAUCUCGGUAGUGUCGGAAGUCAAGCCGUAGCAACAAACGUCACAUCACAGAUCGGCAGUAUGUUUGCCAGCGUAGGCGCCAAUAUUACAUGUCCAAUACAACCUCAGAACAUUGCCGUCAAUAAUUUCGUGAUUCACAUCCCAAAGCUCUCCAGCGCCGUGGAUCUUAUUGCCGACGGCGAUUACAAUAUCACCGUGAUACUCCGCGAGCCUGCCACCGACGUCCAGCUCGGCUGUUUCACGUUUGACGCCUCAUUGGUCAGACCCAAGACCUGUUCCGGUUGGUUGUGUAGUGGAAGAAGAAGACGUGCGCCAAGUUCUUAGAUAACUAACACUGGGUCCUUAAAAUAAAGAUGUUUAAUUAUAAGGAAAAAUUAAGACAUUAUUUACAGUAAUAAAAUCUAAAUGUUGAUUAGUCUAACGAGUUGUUCAAAAGACCAUACAUUUUGUAUUUGUGAAAAUAAUAUUAAAAUUUAUAUUUUUGUU